GUUGCCGACGAUAUCUGUUAGCGUUUCUCUGCGGUAAAAGAUCUUUUUUGGCGCCGGCACUCGGGACAGCACUCAGCUGGGAGUGAGCGGCGGUGCCAGCGUUCCUAUUUACCUGUUCUGCACGUUACGCCUACAUCUGCUCGGGUCAUUCCUGAUGUCUUUUCUUGAGAAAUGCGCAGAACUUUUCGGAAAGAAGGAUUUGUAUGCCAUAUUGGGUGUGAGUAAACAAGCAAGUUCGAAGGAAGUCAAGAAGGGGUACCACCAUGUGUCCCUGAAGGUGCACCCGGACCGGGUGGGUGCCUCGCAGAAAAUGCGCGCAACAGAGCAGUUCCAGGCGCUGGGCCGCGUCUACAGCGUGCUCUCGGACCCGGACCGGCGCGCCGUGUACGACGACACGGGCUGCGUGGACGAAGACGACCCGGCGGCGGGCGAGCAGCGCGACUGGGCCGAGUACUGGCGCCUGCUCUUCCGGCCGCUGACGCUCGACGACAUCCGCCUGUUCGAGCAGCAGUAUGUCGGCUCGGCCGAGGAGCGUGAGGACGUGCGCGCCGCCUACCUGGCCUGCGACGGCGACAUGGGCGGCCUGCUGGAGCGCGUGCCGUGCGCCUCGCUCGACUCGGAGGAGCGGCUCCGCCAGCUGGUGCAACAGCUGAUCGACGAAGGCGAGGUGCCGGCACUGCGCGCCUUCACGCACGAGACCAAAGCCAAGCGGGCGGCCAGGAAGCGACGGGCGGAGGCCGAGGCCGCUGAGGCUGAACAGGAGAAACAGCGGCUCGGUUUGGAUAACUCUGCGGACUCACUGCAGGCUUUGAUUCAGGCUCGCCAGCAGGCACGCGGUGCUGCUAUGGACUCUUUCUUCGACCAGCUAGAGGCCAAAUACGCAAAGACUGAGAAGAAAACGACCAAGGUUCGGAAACAGCGAGCCAAAUAGAUAUUUUAGAGCACAUCGCGCUGCGGUAGAGUGGCUGUGUACAGCGCUGUCCAGCAGGACGUAUUUGUGAAGUCAGCAGCUCUGAUUGCGCUCCAGAAAUGUGGUUUACCGUUGAACAUGCUGUAAUUGUUUUGUAAUACGCUUCGAUUUUUACAAAUAUCUGAGAAAACGCAGUGGCACUUGUGGAAGCUGGGUGUGGAUUUAGUGCAAGUCUGGUGCUGGGGAAGGGGCCGCUCACGGGGCGUGGCUAAUUGAGGAACUUGAGAUCUUUGCUGCACCAGUGAAGGUGAGCGUUGGGUUGGAUCUUUUCAGAAACCACUCGGCUGUCAAAACAGGCUCCCGUAUGGUUUCACACUGAAUUAUUUUUUAUCGCAUUCGAUACCAAAGAAGCUUAUGCCUGAGGUCCCGAGGUCUACAAAGCUAAGAGCUUAAAGCAGCGAUUGCAGUCCGCCCGUAUUUUUCUCGGCAAAUGCUAGCGGGACAAGUUUGAAGCGAAAUUGCAGAAGCACCCCACCACUCAUCGCCGGGUCAUAUCAGUCCGUGAAGUAACAAGCGCUGUUUGAUUUCCCGGAUGCUCUUGAGUUCGCAGUAGCGUUCUGCCAAUCGCGCCU